AUGAGCGGUUUCGUCCCGACCAAGGUCCUCCCCAGCGGACACCGUAUCCCAGCCGUUGCGCUCGGCGUGUUACAGAGCAAGCCUGGCGCCGAGGUUUACAAUGCCGUGCUGGCUGCGCUCAAGCUUGGCUACAGGCACAUCGAUACUGCCGAUGCUUAUGAGAACGAAGUUGACGUCGGCAGGGCCGUCCAUGACUCAGGCAUCCCGCGCGAGGAAGUCUUCGCCACCACCAAGUUCUACGAUAUGUCGUGGGCCCCUUGGUCGACGACUACUGCGAAGCCGUGGAACUACCAGGAGGUCAUCGAUGCAGCACUCGAGGACAUGCAGGCCAAGGGCGUCGUGCGCGACAUCGGAGUCUCCAACUUUGGCGAGCAGCACCUGACCAAGCUGGCGAAGACGUGGCGCGUCAAGCCCGCCGUGAACCAAGUCGAACUACAUCCGUGGCUCGCUCGCGCCGACACGGUCAAGUUCUGCCAGGACCAGAGCAUCGUCAUGGAAGCCUAUUCGCCUCUCUCGCGCGCUGAGAAGAUGAACGACCCCGCGCUACUGCAGAUCGCGAGCGAGCUGGACGCCACGCCCGCGCAGGCGCUGGUCGCGUGGAGUCUCGCCAAGGGAUUCGUCCCGCUGCCCAAGUCGGUCACAGAGUCGCGUAUCAAGACGAAUCUGGAGGCCGCGAAGCUGCAGCUAUCGGCCGAGCAGAUCGCGAAGCUGGACGCCCUGAACUCGAACUUCAUCACGGGAUGGGACCCGAUCCACGAGGUGUAUGGCCUGCCGCACAACUAG